UAAGAUUCACUUGCAUCUGAGGUGAAAUUUUUCUAAAAGGACUUCUAAAGACCAUGUUGUUUUUUUCAGUCUGGUCCACAGAACAGUCUGUAAGCACAAUUGGUAUAUUGCAAUGGUUGGGAAGCAAGGAAGAAGAAUACGUUACAGCAAAGGCCUGCAAACAUAACCUGUUUCCCUUCCACAGGAUUUCUGACCCCUAACUUGGCCGUGCCCACCACUGAUGGAGCAAGAGCAAAAACUGUUGAUCUCAGAUUCUAGUGGCUUCACGGAGAGGGAGAGUUUGAAAAACCCUUUUCCAGGAGAUGCAAGUAAGAAUCAUUUGGAAACUGUACAACACAACUCCAAGGCAGAUAAAGAGAGCGCCUCAAAACGGUCUAAGAGAGAUGGCCCACAAAAUUGUAAGCAUGAGGAUAUAGAAGAAAGUCCAUUGAUGUGGUCCCAAGGCAAUGAGAUCUGGUGCAGUGAUCCCUAUGAAAAGGAUGGCAAGUCAGAGAAUCAGGGAAAUUCUGCAGGAGAAGAAGAAGAAAAACCCAGUCACUGGGGAUGGGCUCCCAGGGAACGCCGCAGUGCCUCUGUCCAGCAGAAUUCGACCUCCAGGGACAAACCCUACAAGUGUGCUGAAUGUUGGAAAAGCUUCAAUAACAGCUCUCAUUUGCGUAUUCACCAGAGGACCCACUCAGGAGAAAAACCUUAUAAAUGUUCUGAGUGUGGGAAAUGCUUCAGUAACAGCUCUCACCUGAUUCAGCACCUGAGAACACACACAGGAGAGAAGCCCUACCAGUGUGGCGAGUGUGGGAAAAGCUUCAGCAAUACCUCCCAUCUAAUCAUUCACGAGAGGACUCACACGGGAGAGAAACCCUAUAAAUGUCCCGAGUGUGGGAAGAGCUUUAGUAGCAGCUCCCACCUUAUUCAGCACCACAGGUCGCAUACCGGCGAGAAGCCCUACGAAUGUCCCGUGUGUGGGAAAUGCUUCAGCCACAGCUAUGUCCUCAUAGAACAUCAGAGGAUUCACACGGGAGAAAAACCUUAUACGUGUCCUGACUGUGGAAAGAGUUUUAGUCAGAGUUCUAGCCUGAUUCGCCACCAGCGGACACACACGGGAGAGAAGCCCUACAAAUGUCUCGAGUGCGGGAAAAGCUUCGGUUGUAAUUCGACUCUCAUAAAGCACCAGAGGAUUCACACAGGAGAAAAACCGUAUCAGUGUACAGAAUGCGGCAAGAGCUUCAGUCGAAGUUCGAACCUAAUCGCACACCGGAAAACACACGCAGGAGAGAAGCCCUGUGAAAGUCCCGAAUAUGAAGAAAGUUUGAGUCGGAACUGCAGUGCGAUAGAAGAGUGUGGACUCCAGCCUGGGGAGAAACCCUACAAGUGUUGUGAGUGCGGAAAGCGUUUCGGUCUCAGCUCCCAUCUCAUUAGACACCAGAGAACACACACAGGAGAGAAGCCGUACAGGUGUUCGGAGUGUUGGAAAACUUUCAGUCAGAGUUCCACCCUGGUGAUUCACCAGAGGACGCACACGGGAGAGAGACCUUAUAAGUGUCCCGACUGUGGCGAGGGCUUCAGCCAGAGCUUUAAUCUCAUCAGGCACCGGAGGACUCACGUGGGAGAGAAACCUUACAAAUGCACCGACUGUGACAAGUGCUUCAGCAGAAGUGCCUAUCUCACUCAGCAUCGGAAGAUGCACCUAGAAAAGUCUUUCGAGUCUCCUGAAGUCAAUGAUUUUCCUCCUGGGUGGACUUGGAAAAACUCUCCAGGGGAAAUGGCCCUCAUCUCUUCCUUUUCAGUCCCACGUCCAUCUUCCUCUUGAGUCCCAAAGCCCGUUUAUUAUUAUUAUUAUUAUUAUUAUUAUUAUUAUUAUUAUUAUUUCUUUUCUUGCUGGAUCAUUACAAUUAAGGUGUUGCUACAGAGUUUCUUUGGUUUGUUUGCCAUAAUGUCUGGAAAAAGUCAAGCUCCCAGGUUGGAGGAUGGGAAGGCCCUGAUCGCCAGCUCAUUGUAUCUGCCCAGUGGGAGAUGCUUCCAACGAUGGAGAAGAAAUGUUUUUUGAUUUAAGGUAAGACUGGAAUAGCUUCAAAAGAAAACAUAAAGAGAAAUUCCGGGAAUAAGGACACCUGAGAGCUUGAAGCCAAGCUAGCCCUUGAAUUUCCCUAUUUCCUCUUGCCUGAGUGGGUGGCAGUAAUUCAUUAUUGGCCUCAGGGAGUUAUCUACAGAAAGAUUCGUUUUGAACAAAUAAUGUGAUUCUCUGGCUGUUUUGGUGGGUCUUAAGAAAAGACUCAGUUUUCUAAACACGUUUUUAUUUGCUGAAAAUGAACUUUCAUAGUAUUUAGAACUACACCGGCUAAUCCCGUAGCCACUAGUCACCUGUGGCUAUUUAAAUAAAUUUGUAGUAAGAUUAAAUGACAUUUAAAAUCUGGCUCCUUAGUGGCACUAACUACGUGCCAAGCACUCAGUAGCCACAUGUGACUGGUGGCUGCUGUAUUGAAUAUCAUAUAGAGUUUGUUCUUUCAAGAUUAUCAUUCUUCACAGACUCAUGAAGAUUUCCUAUGAGACUGUAGGAAAUGUGCUAUGAGGUUUCUGCUCCAAAGGAAUUGCAACAUAGACUAGAAAUGGGAUAGAGUUUUUAAGGCACUCCGUCUAGAGAUUGGCCAUUCUAAUGCUUGUAUGUCUUCUGUUCAACCAUCUUGGUAAUCCAGUGAUACGAUCCUGUUGUCUUGGCCAAAACCAGAUUAAGAGGUAGAAUUCUUGAAUUUUGUUAAUAAACUUUGGGCAAAUAGGGACACCUGGGUGGCUGUGUUGGUUAAGCAUCCAACUCUUGGUUUUGGCUCAGGUCAUGA